AUGAGCGUCCCCAAAAGGGUCUCCCUCUGGACCGUGGUGGAUGUGUUUGACUGGGUCAAGGAGCAGUACCCCUACCAAAAGAGUGUCCUCCAACUGGCCGUCUUCAAGCAUGACAUAUCCGGUAGCUAUCUUCAGUAACCCCUCUACUUACCAAAUGUUGCCUUAGUACAAAACAACCCAUGGUCAUGUACAUCAGACAUCAUUAAUAGACUGCUAUUAUUUUUCUUAAAGUGAAUAUAUGUGAUAUUUUAUCCCAGGCUGUAUAAGUAUUGGAUGCCUGUAGACAGUUCCGGACCCCACAUAAUGACAUGGAUCAUUCAUCUUCCCAGUUACUGUUAAUUCUCUACUAACCACACAGCUCAUUCACAGUGUCAAUACUGUUGUAAUGUUCCAUCAGUAAAUCCUUGUCAGAAGCUGACCAAAAACAUGCAGUAAAAACAACUGUUGUAUGACUAAUAAAACCUUGUGUCCUAAGACUUAGAUCCUGGGACCGUAGUUUUGCCCACCGUGGUUUCCUGCGUUGGGGUUAAAUGCAUUUGAAUUCAAGUUAAUUUAGGAAUGGAAUUUGACACAUAAUUCAAGUUCAUCAUGUAAUUUGAAUUCCAUUCCAUUUGAAAUCCAUGCACCCAGCCUGAAUUGACUGGCAUCAUUUUGCUUCCAACUCUAGUAGCCUCACCUCACCACCUCUCUUGCCUUCUUGCUCUGUCCCUCCCCAGGCCGAGCUCUGCUGAGGAUGGGUAAACACCAGUUGGAGAGGAUGGGGGUGGAGGGGGAGCAUCUUCAGGAGAUCCUACUGGACAUUCUUCUCCUCAGGGUCCAGGAGGAACUGGAGAACCUCAAUGACAUCUUCUCU